UCUCUCUCUGUCUCUGAACCUAAGCUUUCGAUCUCAUGCAACAUGUUGUGGGACUUUUGUCACCUUCCAAUGGUAGUUUGAUGGCAUUAAAUAUAAGGAGUUUCACUUAGCUAAACUAGCAAAUCAUAAUAAAAGAAUGGCCGGCCACGUAUAUUUCCUCUGUAAUCUUGAUAUCUCCAUCCUCUUGUCUUCAGUUUAUGACUUUGAUUCUCUUCAACUUCAAUUUAAACCGUUUCUUCUCCACUACAUCUUUCUCAAGGCCUCCCAAUUAAAGAACCUUAAUCAUGGUUAACUUUCCUGCAAGAAUCCUAUCUUCUACACCCAUCUUUCUGUCUUUUCUUCUUGCUCCUUCUUUAAGUGUUAUUGCAAACCAAUUCACUUCUUGCUUAACUCAAAAUCUUAUUAGCAAUUUCACCACAUUUCCUAGCAGUAAAAAUGAUUCUACGGAUUACUAUAAUCUCCUUGAAUUUUCUAUUCAAAAUCUUCGCUUUGCUGACCUAGAGAUGCCUAAGCCAUUAGCUAUUGUUAUACCAGAAACAGUAGAGGAACUAGUGAAGACUGUAACAUGCUGUAGGGAAGCGUUUUUGGAGAUUAGGGUAAGAUGUGGCGGUCACAGCUAUGAAGGCACUUCAUAUGUAGCCAGUGAUGGAGCUACUUUUGUAGUUAUAGACAUGAUGAAUUUGAACAAAGUUUCAGUUGAUUUGGAAGCUAAAAUGGCGGUAGUCGAAGGAGGUGCAACGCUUGGUGAGACAUACGCAGCAAUCGCUGAAGCAAGCGGUGUUCAUGGAUUCUCAGCUGGAUCAUGCCCAACUGUUGGAGUUGGUGGACAUAUUGGAGGAGGUGGUUUCGGGCUAUUGUCAAGAAAAUAUGGACUUGCAGCUGAUAAUGUAGUCGAUGCACUUCUUGUCGAUGCGAAUGGACGAUUAUUAGAUCGAAAAGAAAUGGGGGAGGAUGUGUUUUGGGCAAUCAGAGGCGGUGGUGGAGGUGUUUGGGGUAUUCUGUAUGCUUGGAAGAUCAAGUUGUUGAAAGUUCCAAGAGUAGUGACAGGUUUUAUAGUCUCUAGACCUGGCACAAAAGGCCAUGUAGCCAAAUUAGUAAAUAAAUGGCAACAUGUUGCACCUGGACUGGAUGAUGAUUUCUAUUUGUCAUGCUUCGUUGGCGCUGGUUUGCCUGAGGCUAAAACUACAGGAAUUUCAGCUACGUUUAAAGGGUUUUAUCUAGGUCCAAGAUCUGAAGCUGUGUCCAUCUUGAAUAAGAAUUUCCCUGAAUUGGGAAUUGUAGAAGAGGAUUGCAAAGAAAUGAGCUGGAUUGAGUCCGUCCUAUUCUUUUCUGGCCUUAGUAAUGGGAGCACGGUGUCUGACUUGAAAAAUAGGCAUUUGCAAGGAAAGAGCUAUUUCAAAGCCAAAUCAGAUUACGUCAAGAGUGAGAUCUCUUCUGCCGGUAUAAAAAUUGCCCUUGAUAUUCUUCAAAAAGAGCCAAAAGGGUACGUCAUAUUAGACCCUUAUGGGGGGGUAAUGCACAACAUAAGCAGUGAAGCUAUUGCCUUUCCUCAUAGAAAUGGUAACCUUUUUACGAUCCAGUAUCUAGUGGAAUGGAAAGAAAAGGACAAGAACAAAAGCAAUGUAUAUAUAGAUUGGAUAAGAGAAUUUUAUUAUUUGAUGACACCUUUUGUGUCACGGGGUCCAAGGGCAGCUUAUAUCAAUUACAUGGACUUUGAUAUCGGAGCAAUGGGAAUGAUCAAGAAGAGUGUCCCAUCUGAGGAUGCGGUGGAGAUUGCUAGGGUUUGGGGUGAAAAAUAUUUCUUGAGAAAUUUUGAUAGGUUGGUAAGGGCAAAGACACUUAUUGAUCCGGACAACGUUUUCAAUAAUGAACAAAGCAUUCCUCCAUUGCCAUUGGAGUCAGUAGGUUCCAGAGCUGAAAUUUAAAAGGCAAAUGAACAACUUAUUAUUUGAUCCAAGUGCCUUAGCCACCACAGAAUGAGGUGAACAUGAGGAGGUUGUUUUUACUUUAUUUAUAUAUUUUACUUGUAUAUUUCAUCACUUGAAAGUGGAUGCACACACGUAAUUUAUUUUCUUUUUGAUAUUUGAAUGAUUGAAAUAUUAGUCUAUCAGAUCA